GAUUAACUUUGAGAUUGCUACAUGCAUGGAGUAAAUAUCAUUCUACAAGAAGGAGUGUUGCACUUAGAAUUACCAAAUUUGGCAGAUUCUCGUAUAGGAUCUUCAAUUCUCAGGAACAAGAAAACUCAGCUGCCAUGAUUCUCACCACCAUACGUCGAAGGCGAAUUAUCACAAUCAUUUUGGUUACUUUGCUCUUGCUUAUAGCUGUCUUAAUUUGGAAAAGCGACCAUCCUUAUAUUAAAGAUUUACAAGUUAUAAAACUAGUUAGAACUAAAUUACUUCUUAGUAUUAGUUUAAAUCAGACACUGCGUGGAAAGAGAAUAAAAAAUCCGGGUUUAAUUCUUGACACUCCAGGAUGCAAGAUCCCAAAAUUGGAUCCAUUUGAUCCAUCAGUAGUUGAUCUAUACGAAACAAAAGACCCAUAUCCAUGUCCAGGUCCACCCUUAUUCAUGAGCUCACAGCCAGGUGGUUCAAUAUCUUUAAAUGCAUCCAUCCUUGAGCAACAUUAUCAGCUAAAACCUAGUGAUAUUGCUUGUGUUUACCAUCCCAUCAGAAGAAAGUAUGAGAAGCCUGGAAAUGUAAGAGAAAACGAUUAUGAUCUGUUGCCACCAAGGAAACUUCAAUUUGACACGCCACUUCCUGAAGAUCAAGUAAAAGUUUUGUGUAAUCUACGCGGUAAAGAAACUUUCAUCCAAUACUUUCCUUUGGUUCGGCUCAAAACUAAAAUCGAACAGAAUAAGUCAUCAAUAGAACCACCUAUGCCUCGUUUGAACAUUAUCAUGCUUGGAGUAGAUUCUAUUUCAAAACUGCAAUUUCUACGUCAUUUUCGAAGAACUCAUCGUUUCAUCAAAACACAUAAGACCUUUCUCGAUAUAAAAGGUUACACCAAAGUUGGUGACAACACUUUCCCUAAUCUAAAUCCUUUGCUAACUGGCAGAUUUCCUCAAGACAUAUGGAAUGAAACUUUAGCAGAUACGAUGUAUUUUGAUGAUGUAGAUAUCAUAUGGAAAAGAUAUGCCAAUAAGGGCUAUCGAACUCUCUAUGCUGAAGAUAGCCCAUUCUUUGGAACUUUUAACUAUGGCAGAAGAGGUUUUAAUGAGACUCCUGUAGACUAUUAUCUUCGACCUCUUUAUCUUGCUCUUCAUAAUUCUGAAGUAAGAGAGAAAGGACCUUUUUAUUGCUUCAAUUCUCAGGUCGAACCAGAGCUUAUGUACGAUUACGUUAGAGAUUUUGUAAGAACUAUGGGCAAUAAGAGACCAUAUUUUGCAUUUGCAAUGCAAUCAUCUCUCACUCAUGAUUAUUUCAAUCAUGCUGGAUAUGCUGAUUUUCCCACUAUUAAACUUCUGGAAGAUCUUUGGGAUUAUGGAGCUGACAAUAACUCUGUAAUUGUUUUAUUUGGCGAUCAUGGAUUGCGUUUUGGUGCCAUUCGAUCGACUUACAUUGGUAAGUUUGAAGAAAGAAUGCCAUUCAUGUAUAUACAUUUCCCAGAAUGGUUCUUGGAACAGUAUCCAGAAAUAGCCAAGAAUCUUCGAAACAAUCAAGAACGCUUAGUAACUCUAUUUGAUGUUCACGCUACACUCGUUAAUUUGCUAGAUCCUACUCAUGAAAUGACCGAUAAAGAACGAGCAACAAAUACUCCAUAUGGAUUGAGUCUUCUCAGUGAAAUAUCGCCAUACAGAACUUGUGAGAAAGCGUAUAUAUACACUCAUUGGUGUGUUUGUCAAGUAGUUCAAGAGGUGUGGGUAGAACAACCAGAAGUUAAAAAGUCAGUUGAGGUCAUCAUGGACUGCAUCAAUGAUGAAUUAAGAACAGAAAAAACAUCUUCAUGUCCAGCUUUACAACUUGAUAAAGUAACUAGUGCCAAAUUAGGGCAAAUUAAUGAUUUAGUGUUACGCUUCAUAAAGCAUGAAAAUGUUGUGGUUGAUCGCAAUGUUGUUUAUGGAGAUCGAAUUGUUAAGUACGAAGAUUAUAUUAUAACACUUAUCACUAAUCCUACUGGUGCAAUUUUUGAAAGUACUGUUCGACAUGACGUAGUCGAAGAUACUUAUUGUGUUGUGGAUAUUUACGAAGAAUUCUCAGAAGACCAGUAUUCUAGUUGUAUUGAUACUGAAAGAUUGAAAAAAUUUCGUUACUGCAAUGCAUGAUAAUAGUUAAAUUCUAGUAUUUUGUAAUUCUUGCACCAUUUAGAAAAUUCUCGCCAUUAUUAUAAUUAGAUAAAUACAAAUCAAUUUUUAAAGAAAACAUUGUCUAUGUUUUUGCCAAUUUUUAGCUAUUCAGUUAUAGCUUUUACAUCAUAUCAUGGUUAAGGAAAUAACAUUUGUUUAAGCAUGAUAUAUCAGAUAUUGGAAUUAGCUUUUAAUCUUUUUUUUCAAACAAUAUAGAAAUUGCAUCGCAUUAAACUCAAAACAUUUAUGCUAUUACAACAUUGCAUAUAAUUAACUAUGGAAUAAAUUCGUGUAACAUCACAGUCACAUUAUAAGCGUAACUACGCAUAUCAUUUAACACCUAAUUGUAUAUAUUUCCGACUCUGUACUGAGUUGUCGUGUUCUUUACUCUAAAAUAAUUUUUUUAUAUAUAUUUUUUAAAACUAGUAGAUUUCAAUCGCAUUAUUGCAAGGCUUAUAAUCAUUUCAUUAUCAUUAAGUGUAAUCCUAUACUUGAAGACACAUAGAUAUUAUUUACUCUCAGGAUUUUCUCCGUAAUUGUACCAAGUAGAAUUAAAAGAAGUAUACAACUCAAAUCAAAAUUUUCUGAUAUUUUCCUUCUACUUGAGUCAUUUGAAGUAACGGCAUAAGCAUUCAUAAAAUAAAGUUAACUACUCGUACCAAAAAGAAUGUGUACAUUAAACCAGUAUUGUCACGCCAGAAAUAUCAAGCACAAAAAAGAAAGAAAGAAAGAAAGAAAGAUGGGACAAUGACAUCAGGUUGUCCAGAUAGCAUUUUCUCUUUUUUUGUGUGUAUGGUCUUACUGGUAGGACAAUUACUGACUUAAAAAUAAACGCAGCUUUACAUCUACCUCUACUGUGUAUUAAGCUGUAGUCUGGCGUCAUGUCACGAUCUUUUGCUUCUUACAGAAUGCGCAAUAGAUAACGCGAUGAAAUUGGUUUUACGCAUAUGACGUAUAUCAUGAUAGAAUAAAUCAACUUCAUUAAAUAUUUUCAUUUAGCUUAAUGCGCAGAGUUUGGAUAAAAUCCUUUUUCAAAUGCCUCAGCUGCUAACUCUUUUACGCAUCAGCAUGUAACUGAGCUUUAUCGUUUCAGGUAUGAAAGUUCUAACUUUUCGAAAAGAAUUUUUCAAACAUUUUAAAAGACAUAGAAUCAUUGAUAGAUUUGUUUAUAUAAGACAUAAGCCGACGUGAUUGUGAUUUUUUUCAAUAAUAAUAUAAAAAUAUUACCAUAAUAUUUGCUAUUGAGAUAUUAUUUAGCGAAUACUCGUUUUCUCAAAUUCAUCUGUACUUUUUACAAAUGGAUCAGUAUGAUUAAAAUACAAUGUAGAAAACAUUAAAAUUAUUAUCUAAUUUUAACAAACAUCGAAAAAUAUUUGUCAAAAUCUUCUUUAUUUGUCCUUGAAAUUUGAUAUUUUUUUUUAUUUGCUCCAGAAUAAAUGAA